GUCCAGUCGUGACCGACUCUGGGGUUGUGGUGCUCAUCUUGCGUUAUUGGCCGAGGGAGCCGGCGUACAGCUUCCGGGUCAUGUGGCCAGCAUGACUAAGCCGCUUCUGGUGAACCAGAGCAGCAUACGGACACACCGUUUACCUUCCCGCUGUAGCAGUACCUAUUUAUCUACUUGCACUUUGACGUGCUUUCGAACUGCUAGGUUGGCAGGAGCUGGGACCGAGCAACGGGAGCUGACCCCGGCAUAGGGAUUCGAACCGCCGACCUUCUAAUCGGCAAGCCCUAGGCUCAGUGGUUUAACAGCAUCCCCUAUUGGAUCCAUAAAUUACCAUAUAGCAUAUAUUCAACCCAAAAAACAGCAAGAAUUUGUUGUUGACCAAGGACAGCUGGACAUAUAAAGGGCCCCAUUACCUUCAGUAGCUUAGGGCCUCAUCAAACCUAAAUCUGGCCCUGGGCAGAAACCUCUGCAGAAGCAGCGCUGGUUUCGGCUGGAGCUACGCACGACCUUGGGAGCAUACCCUGAGACCCCCGAGUAUAGGGCGGUAUAUAAAUAAUAAUAAUAAAGGUUUCCUGUGGUUUCAGUGGUAUCCUGCCCGGAUUCGCCGUUUCUCUCCCAGAAUUUGGCAGGUGGAGAACCAGGGGCAGGAAGGUCAGGGCAAGGUGGCACUUCUUGUUUUGCCUUGAUAGGGACGGACCACCUAUGCCAUCCAGGGAGGUCCGGCUGGUGUCUUCGGUAUACACCUUUAGGCGCCAGGCGAAAGCAUUCCUCUCCAACAAGGCUUUUGGUUGAUUAACAUCUGGUGCCCUUUUAAAAUGUGUUCUGAAAGCAGGGAAGGGGGAUUAUGGGGUUGUUUUUGUUUCUAUUGCAUGUUUUCUGUUUUCUUUUUAUAUUGUGAUCAGUUCAGUGCAAGAUUUACCGACGCCCCCAUGUAUAAGACGCCUCCUAUUUUUGGGGACUCAGAUUUAAGAAAAUAGGGGGAGAUGGGCCAGAGUAUAAGACGCCCCCUAAUUUUUGACCUUAUUUUUUAGGGGGGAAACCUAGUCUUAUACAUGGAAAAAUAUGGUACAUAUAAGGUAAACAAGCUAUAGCGUAGGGCCCCACUCUCUUAGGGGCCCCCAGAAAAAGAUAAAGGGGAAAAAACCUGGAUGUACAUUUCCAAAAUAUAAGAUAAAAAACAAAUAAAAUAAAACCUACAUACAACAAGUGUUUUGUGUUGUGUAGGCUCUGAUGAUGUAAGUAAUGGGCCCUGCCUGCUCCCUAGAAUAUCACUGGUUUGCAUCUGGCACAUAAAUUUAUUGAAUCAAAUUAUAGACCACUUGCUUUAAAAUACAGUACAGUGGUACCUCGGUUUAUGAACACAAUUGGUUCCGGAAGUCUGUUCAUAAACUGAAGCGUUCAUAAACUGAAGCGAACUUUCCCAUUGAAAGUAAUGGAAAGUGAAUUAAUCCGUUCCAGAUGGUCCGCGGAGUAAGCGUUCAUAAACUGAAGCAAACUUUCCCAUUGAAAGUAAUGGAAAGUGGAUUAAUCCGUUCCAGACGGGUCCGCGGAGUACUUAAACUGAAGCGUUCAUAAACUGAAGCAUGGGUGUAAUUGGUUCCGGAAGUCUGUUCAUAAACUGAAGCGUUCAUAAACUGAAGCAAACUUUCCCAUUGAAAGUAAUGGAAAAUGAAUUAAUCCGUUCCAGAUGGGUCCGCAGCGUUCAUAAACCGAAAAUUCAUAAACCGAGGUGUUCAUAAACCGAGGUUCCACUGUAGUAGUAAUAAUAAUCAUCAUCUCAAAGUGUUGUGCGAUAAGAGUUUAAACUAAAAUGCAAUGGGCAGUGUGGCAUUGCACACUAAACCAAAUUUUUGGUUAGUGCAGCAGCAGAAAGGACCAGGCAGGAGCAAAGUGUCUGGGAGCUUCUCUUUGGGAGCCUGCUCACCAAGCCAAGUUUCUUUCAUUUUCGUGCCUGCUUAUAUUAAGAGUGCCAUGCAAAGCGGCUCAAGAUAUAUCUACAACUGUCUAUGAGUAACCUCUACUCAGAAUGCAGAGCAGCACAAAGCAGCAAUCAUGUAUUUACUGAAACUAGGAAGCUGGUUAAAUAGGGGAUUCAGAGCUGGUUAGAAAACUGGACUCAAAAAGUACUGAUUCCACAUCUUAGACUCUUUUUCUUGGUGUUCCAGUUCUAACAAGUGGAGGAGAAAGAGAGAUGGUUGGCCUUCCUGCUUUGCCUUUAGGUGCAGCCAUAUUCAUGUUUAAAAAUUCUGCAAUACAUUGGAUAAUUUGCAUUAUGUUUUCUCUGGUUAUAUUGGAAAAUUGAUGUUUGGCAUGUUCUCCCCCCCCCCCAGAAACACACUGCUUUUGCUACUUUUCCGAAUGAAAAUGCAGCUACUCAGGUGUGUAUUUGGGACCAUUCCAGAACUUGCGUUCUUUUAUUUCUUUAUUUCUUUUUUGCUGUAGUGCUCUAUGGCUGUAGCUGAAGAUGUCUGCCUUUCAAUACAGAAACAAAGUGUUGAAGAGAAGUCUAAGGCUGCAGUCUUAACCCUGCUUACCUGGGAAUAAACCCCAUUGAUUUCAAUGGGAUUUAUUUCUGAGGAUUGCGUUGUAAGGCUGUGAUUGUUUGCAUACCUACUUAGAAUAAACUAUUAAGAUUGGAGGGAGGACUUGCUUAAGAGCAUUCAUGCUUGGAUAAGAUUCCUCCAAAAUGCUUUACGUAAUUACAUAUUUAGGUGUUGUUAGAAAACAGCAAGGACAAUUUAGCAAAUGAAUAUUAAUGGUUAGCAUAAAGACAACAGAGUAUGGUAGUGAUGACUGUGUGUACAUAUUAGAUGCUAAUAUUAAAACAGCCUGCUUAACUUGUAAAUGUGCAAAAGCAGGCCACCUGAUAAGUGCUCAAGGCUGUAGAGCAGGCUUCCUCAAACUCGGCCCUCCAGAUGUUUUUGUGACUACAAUUCCCAUCAUUCCUGACCACUGUUCCUGCUAGCUAGGGAUCAUGGGAGUUGUAGGCCAAAAACAUCUGGAGGGCUGAGUGAGGAAGCCUGCUAUAGAGAAACAGAAAAAUAUAUUGAGUUGCUUAGCUUUAUAUUUUACAGCUCUUUCUGUAUUAAGAUGACAGACAUUCUGUUGUCAUCUUAACUUUGCCUCUCCUAACUUCUAUCUUCGAUCUAACUUAAAAGUGUAAAAUCCUUGGAGUAGGAAAUUUAUAAAAUAUAUGCAUAUUGGCCCCAUAUAAAACCACAAAUCUAUAAGUAACCUACAUUAUCGGAACAGAAGUAUAAGUUUCAGUGUCCAGUUCAAGAACUGGCAAGAAAGCAAUUAAAUUUUCUGCAUGUGUAUUAAGUCUUUUCUGCAAUGAGAAGUAAUUCUCAUUCAUUUCCAGCAUGCCUUUCUCGCUGGUAUCUUAGUAUAAAAUUGUAGGCAAUGGUCGGGACGUUAUCCAUUUUUGGUCAUUAAGAGAGAUUAAAUGGAAAGUUGUUGCUCUUCCCCCGAACUUUCUCUCCAUGUUGCUUAGUUUUUAGGCAAAGUAAAUUGCAAGAGGGGAGAAGAAAGGGAUAAACCAAGAGGUUGAUGGGUCAGAGUGCAUUUUAAAUGUUAGUUGAUUUAACUGCAUGUUGUGUUCAAUUGAAGGCUUUAUCGAGAUUGCAUCAGCUGAACCUUCUAGGCCACACUCUGGUGGUUGAAUAUGCAAAGGACCAAGACAGUAUUUGUGCACUUAGCCAAUCUUCUCAAAACGAGAAGGACAAAAGCCUUGAAGAACCAGUGAAAGAAGAGAAAGAACAGAAAGAUCUAGGCUGCCUCAAGAUAGAAAGUGGAAUUGCUCCUAGCCAUGGGUUAACUUUCCCUAUAAAUUCUUGCCUCAAAUAUCGAUAUCCCCCGCCUUCCAGUACAAUCCUAGCCAACAUAGCAAAUGCCUUGGCAAGUGUGCCUAAGUUUUAUGUGCAGGUUUUGCAUCUUAUGAACAAGAUGAAUCUUCCCCCUCCCUUUGGGCCAGUUACUCCUCGACCUCCUAUGUAUGAAGAGUAUAUUCCUUUACCGCCUCCUAUUCCCCCUCUGCCUCCUGAGGAACCUCCUUUGCCUGAAGAGGAGGACAGUCAAGACUCAAGCAAAGAUGAAUCUGAGUAUGAAAGUGCUGAUGAAGAGGAAAAAGAAAGAUUUACAAAGCUGAUGGAAUUGGCAACCCUCCAACCCAAACGACGGAUCCCAACAAAGCCGCACCGUACGAGAAAAAGGAGAAAGAUAAAAGACUUAUUAAAUGUCUCCCAGCUUGCUUCCCACAGCAAUUUGCACCCAGCCCUGUCGCCUUCGGAUGUGUUUGAACAGCCACACCCUGUAGGUCUCAAAAAAAUUGAAUUUCACAUAUCUUCAGAGAGCCCCGACAUUCUUCAGAAAAGCUUGGCAGAGCAGCACAACAAUGACAUCUAUGCAGCCAUUGAUGAAAUAUCUGGUGCAGGGUUUGGAAAAAUCUUACCCGCUCUCCGUUCCAAUAAUAAAGAAGAGACAGAAGAGGAGGAAGAAGAUGAUGAAAUACCUUCGGAAUUUGUUUCUAAAAGAGAGCUAGAAAAAGGCAGAAUCUCCCAUAAAGAAAUGGAAAGUCUUGCUGUCUUCAGAAAUUACGAGCCUGGUGAGCCAAAUUGCAGAAUUUACGUGAAGAAUCUGUCUAAACAAGUUCAAGAAAGGGAUUUGAAGUUUAUCUUUGGAAGAUACGUUGACUUUUCAUCAGAAACUGAACGUAUAAUGUUCGAUAUACGCUUAAUGAAAGAAGGCCGUAUGAAAGGACAAGCAUUUGUCGGGCUUCCCAAUGAAGGAGCAGCUGCAAAAGCUUUGAAAGAAGUCAAUGGAUAUGUUUUAUUUGACAAACCUAUGGUGGUCCAAUUUGCUCGAUCCGCAAGACCAAAGCCGGAUCCCAAAGAGGAGAGGAGAAAAGAUAAGGGGAGAAGACCCUGAAGAAACAUUCCUGCCUAAAUACUGCAGUAAUACUGUGUCAUGCAAAGUGUAUCCUUUCUUGCUGUAUCCUUUUUUUGUAUAUAUACAUCUUUUUUUUCUAGCAAAAGGUUCUAGUGUUCUCUUAGCAUAGCGCUAGGUCUAGCAGGUCUCUAGUAAUGGUUUGUUAUUUUACUAAACAUAGCCCCUGUUUGUUAACUUACCAGGGUACCCAUGGAAGUUUAUAGCCUUAAAAUGUACUUUUGAAAAAUUCCUCAUAUUAAUAGUAGCACAGUUUUGGGCUGCCAGGCCUUCAGCAAGUGUAAACCUCUCUGCUUACGUUGGUAGAGUUUUAAAUGCUGUUUACCAACUGAAGAUCUGGCCUCAACUGUAUAUUUUUAAUCAUUGCAUCCUUUCAAUCCUUUUUAAUCCUUUCAAUCUUAUGGUGUCCAGAGGAAAAACAACAACACCUCCAUAGCAAAGUAAUACAAUAUGCAUCUUUAGCUGUUUUUUGUAAUCCUCCUUACUGGAUAAAGAGCAGCAGGUGAAGGAGCAAACUUAAUUAUCUUCUGCUUAGUCUUUCUUGCUUCUUUCUAAUUCGUUCUCAGGCUAGCAUCAUCUUCUGUAUAAGCAUUACAGUAAAAUACAGCUGUUCCAGAGACAGGUUUAGCCUUGGAUCCCUUAGAACUCAGAACCACAGCCUUGCAAAAGGGAAUUCUCUUUCCAUUUACAGGAGGGGUCUGCAUGGGUCCCAUCCUGAUGGGAUGUUGCAGGGCAGUUUUUGCUAACCCUUUUUCCUGCAGCCAUCCCCUAUUGCAUUCCAUACUCUUCCUAAAGGUUCCCCAAACCCCUGGAACAGCUUUUGCUGGCGGUAGGGUGUUUUUGAGGGAAGAAGGAUUUGGUAAAAAUUCCCUCCCCCUCUUUGCCCAUAGCAGGAGCAGACUUUUGCUCACAAGCUCUCUGUAUCUUAGCCUUAGUUUUUCUUAUUAUCCAAACUUUUCAGCUUUCUACUUUAGAAAUGUGUGUUUUCAAUGCGCCUUUAAAUCGUUCCAGGUUCGUUUUGAGUUCCGUGUCUUUCAAGCUCUGGGAAGAAGAUGCACGGUCGGCGAACUAUUCAACAGUGCGUAAAAGCAUUUAACAUUUAUUUUAAACACGACACAAAUGUUCUGCUAACCUUAGGUGUGUUGUGUGCUUUUAAACAAUGGAAGAUCUUGCAGCAAGUCACAUAGCAGAUGUGGGAAAUGUUUCAAUUAAAGAUCUAAUAAAUUAUUCACUUUUG